GAAGUGCUCUACUUUCUUUUCACUUGAGCAAAUGGUGAUGCUGCUUUAUCGUCAUUUUAAACAAUUAUUCUUUAGGAUGUUUUGGUGGGUGAGAAGCCGGUCUUUUUUGGAGGGGAUGAGACAAGCGUUCUCGGGGUCAUGGUUUUACAUUGUCAAAGUAUGUUUAGGACUCGUAGUUCCGCUGUUGGCGAUACGACACUGGGUUAAAGGCCCUAAUAGUCGUAAUGAGCCCAGAGAAGCGAAAACUUCCGUGAGCUCGGAGGAGGUCGAUAUUUUCACCGAUGACGAGGAUACCGGGGAGCCCACCGCCCCCGUACCGGAGCCUGCGCAGAACAAUCCGUGCGCUCUCACGGAGGACCACGCGUGGAGAGAUGGCCCCGAUGACUUCCACUGUGACUAUGAUUCCACCUGGGAAACUGACUCGGACCACAGCCAGGACCAAAUUCAAGAAGAAAGCGAAGGAAGUGUUCAAGGGGGACAGAGGGAGUGGACGGGUCACACGUUUAAGCAAGUCUCCAAUUGGCAGUCGUACAAGUUUGAGAGAUUUCAAGCUGCUGCCAGGGAUCUACAGAAUUACAGACACAACUAUCCGAACAAACCUUUCCGGGGUUGGGAAUAUCAAGACCGUGAAACUGAUAAAUACCCAAAUUUGGACUUCUACCUUGGAAAUCGGCCCUCUUUACCUGAUGAUGUAUACAUAAGUGACUACCAUACUACGUGGAAAGGAAAAUAUGACACUUUGGAGUCUGUCCACACCUAUAUUCAGUGGCUGUUUCCCUUGCAAGAGCCAGGAGUAAAUCCUGAGGCUAGUACACUCACCGAAGACGAAAUAAAGGAGUUUUGUAAGAAUGAUACAGCAAGAAAACACCUGCUUGAAUCAUACAAGCUCAUGUUGGAUUUCUAUGGAAUGGAGCUGUGUGAUGAGAAAACUGGAGCAGUGAAGAGAGCCUGGAACUGGAAAAAUCGCUUCUCCAAUCUGAACAGAUAUAGUCACAACAACCUGAGGAUCACCCGGAUUCUGAAGUGUUUAGGAACCUUGGGAUAUGCUCACUACCAAGCCCCUCUGGUCUAUUUCUUCUUAGAGGAGACUCUGGUGAAUGGAGAACUUCCAAGAGUCAAGGACAGUGUACUAAACUACUUCCUGUUUACGGUGCUUGACAAGAAAGAACGAAGAAGUCUUCUUGAGUUUGCUUAUCUCAACUUUAACAAAAAUGAAGAAUUUGUGUGGUGUCCCUUAAAGAUCCAGAAGAAAUUGGAAAAACAAAGCAUCAAAACAUGAAGCAUCCAAACAAAUCCACUUUUGUGACAAUGUGAAAUACAUUUGUGGGCAAAGAAAAUCUUAGGUAUGACAUUAAAACCGCUUGAUUCCUUAUAUUAUGAAGAAACUGUUAGGUGACAGUCAUUUCCUGUUGUUCAAUAUACAAUAAUUUUUACCAAAAUGCUAAUUGUGUAUUCCAUAUAAAAUAAAAAUAUACAAAUAUUG